AUGUUCUGUCUCCGGAGUUGGCUACCUCUACUCUUCAUUCCCACCAACGCCUCGCCUCUCUUCAUCAUCUCCUUCGUCGCACUCACCUACAUAAUCCACCGACCCUGCAUCUACUGCUCCGCCCUCCUGCUCAUCCUCUUCGUCUCUUCCUGUCACUGGUCAGAUAGGUGUAUCUUUGAUCUACGCAGCAACUGGUUUGCGCCGCGCUACACCUCCGAGCCAAACGAGUAUGGCUUCAUGCCCGGCAACGCCACCGUCGCCGCACCGCUCCCCGGCGACAGCCUAGCCGGAUUUGUCUUCGAUGCCUUCAACUCGACUGCCAAGGCGCUGGCUGGCGCUGCCCUUGAAGGGGCUCAGCAGUGCCUCGGCAUGGAAUCAAAACCGGAUCAGUGGACGGGCGUGGGCCUGGAAUGGUUGCGGAGUCUGCUUGGGCGGCGCGAGUGGACGCUUCCCUGCGUAGACGUGAAGGUGCGGUUAUAG